AAACUGCAUCAGGCUUUAAAGAACUUAGGGAAAUCGAAUUUGGAAUCAUUCAUAUUGAAAAUCACAUCAGUCAUUGGCUCAAAAUUGGCUCGAGAAAAGGUUGGUCACACAUUGAUGUGAGACAAGCAUUCAAAUAUUUGGGCAACCAGAAUUUGAUGACGCUAGAUCUGUGACUGAUAAUCUUUACUCCAUACAUAACGAGGAUUGAAACUGAAAACAGACACUGUUGAAAAUAAAUGGCAAAUAUCACGGUAGCCAAUUCAUCGCUGGAAGACCUGGACUACAAGCCCUAUCUCACCACACUAUACGUGUCAGCUUUCCUUCUCUCACUCUUCUCCCCUAUCACAGUGGUUAGCAAUACUCUCCUCUUGAUGGCAAUCUACAGAGAUCCUUUUAAAUCCUUUCGGACACCAGUCACUUACUUUAUUAUAAGUUUGGCACUUGUUGACCUCGUGACAGGUCUGAUUGUUGAGCCUCUCUUCGCCGUCUACUACUUCGCUUGCCAUUUCUAUCAAACGUUCCGUCCAGGCAAGCAAUUUGAAUACCUGUUCACUACAAGCGCGUUCCUGUCCGUUAUAAUGCUAAGCUCUUCGUUUUUUCUGGUCCUGGCUUUAACUACAACCCAAUACAUUGCCAUCACCUACCCUCAUAGAUACAAGGUGCUAUUCACCAAGAGGCGGGUUCUUGUUGCAGUGUGUUGUCAUUUUGUCUAUUUCGCCAUCUUCAGCUCCUUGCAGUAUACGAAAAUCCCAACAGAUACCUAUUUGAGGAUAAAUCUUCACCUUCACCCAACUGUUGUUGGCGUCCUACUGACUGUGGCGCACAUUUUCCUGUACAAAUCAUUCCGAAGGUUUUCCCAAAGGUCUAAGGCGUUCCGCGAGCGAAGUUCUUUGAGUCGAUCCAUGCAUCAGUGCUCAGAAGGGGCACAAGGCAGUAAGAACGAAGCAAAACAUCAGAAGCAACUAACGGUUGUGGCGCUCAUGUUAUCUGCCCUGCUACUUUUGUGUUCCUUUCCACACAUCGUCUCAUUUUAUAUUUACCUCUAUACCAAGCCUAUGUCGUGGGACUUUCUGCUCAAGAUCAGCAUUGCUCUUCGUGUGAGCGACGUGAUCAUGUUCUUUAAGGUUGCCCUAGAUGCUUAUAUUUACGCAUGGAGACAUCCCAAAUACAGGAAAGCAGUAAAAGAUGCAUUACUAUGUUAUAGAAGCCGAGAAGCUGUCACAAGAGACAGAGAGACAGAGCAUGAGAUGAUCGCUACCGGAUAUUGAAUAUUUGUUGUGAUGGCCAAUUCUCUUGUUUGUCCUGGUUGAGUUGUUAAGGAAAGAUAAGACAGUUUUGUCAAGGAUGGAAAGAAACUGGCUUGCCAGUUGACCCGGUGGGACGUCUAAUGUUACUUCCUAUUUUCCAUAACAACGAUCUGUAUAUUGGAAUUUGUAUCCUUGGCUCUGACUGAUGACUUCCGCUCAGGUUGUCGAAACGUCAGUCACCACUACCGACAACAGUCCUUCUCAGGACUACACUCACCCGGACGAUCAAACUACACUAUUACAUGCUACCCCCGGGUUCAAACCAUUUACCGGAAUUUGUUUAGGUAAUCAAAUGAUUUCUCGUGCAAUUUUGACAUUGUGUGCUCGGUCAAAACAACCGUGUACCAUCAAAACAAUAAUAUACAAUGAUAUCUUCACCUCUUUAAGGCGCAAAAAAAGUUCAAAGUCCGCCUAAACAGUUCAAGGAAUUGUUGAGUCUGUGUCCGAAUCAGUUUCGAUGAAAUGAAAUCGUCGUUCUCGAUGUUUAACCAUGUUUGUUUUUAAUUUCGGCGUUGGAUCGCUCGAGCGAAGUGUUAAGCUGGAUCGAUGCGCAAUUUUCGAUUUCCUUGGCAAUUCCCUUCCCUAAACACCACUCUCUCCAAACCGACAACCAAAAAGCAGUACCUUUUACAAUGUUUUCGUUGUUUGAGCUUUU